CAGUUCCUCCUCCACGCCGACAUGCGGCAGCACCGCCGGUGUCGCUGUUCCCGUCUCCGGCUAAAGAGGAGGCGGCCUUUCCUGCUCAAGUGAACACAUCGGCCAUUGAGGAUAAGUUGAAGACAUCAAACCUUUUUUUAAGAGGCGGCCUGUCCCGAGAGAAGACAAGACACGUUUAUUAAAAACAAACAUCCUUCACUAGUCGCCGGAUCCGCGCCGGCUUCAUGCUCUGUCACCGCGGGGACGCUUGAGUCUGUCGGGCGGGGUGUGCUGCGCCAGGUGUGGGGGGAAAAUGCCUGCAUCUUUUUCAUGGAGGGUUUGGCCUGCACUUGUGUUGCUUCUCUUCCCUUCCACCGUGGCUGCCGAGGAGUCGUCGCUACUGGAAGGCUGGAACGAUGUCUGGCUCUUCCGCUUCCUCGUCAACAUGCUGGGAUACUCCACCAUCAUCAUUCCCGGCUACCUCCUCAUUAGCUACUUCAAGCGCACCAACUACUUAGAAACAGGCAGUGGGGUUUGCUUCCCUUUCAUAAAGACCUGUGUGUUUGGCAGCGAGUCCAAAACAGGUCUGCUGGAUGACGUGUCGGUUUCAACGAGGAACGAGGGCGACUCGGGCUCAUCAGUCAAACAAGUCAUCAAACUAAUCUUCUGUGCUGCUGGACUUCAGGUGUCGUACCUGACAUGGGGAGUCCUGCAGGAGAGGGUGAUGACGCGCUCGUAUGGAGCCACGACUCCAGAAGACGAGGGCGAGAAAUUCAAGGACUCUCAGUUCUUGGUCUUCAUGAACCGUAUCCUGGCUCUGACCGUGUCGGGCCUGUGGUGCAUCCUGUUCAAGCAGCCUCGCCACGGGGCGCCCAUGUACAAGUACUCCUUCGCCUCGCUGUCCAACAUCAUGAGCAGCUGGUGCCAGUACGAAGCCCUCAAGUACAUCAGCUUCCCCACUCAAGUCCUCGCCAAGGCCUCCAAAGUCAUUCCCGUCAUGCUCAUGGGUAAGAUCGUCUCCCACAAGAGCUACGAGUACUGGGAGUACUUCACCGCCGUCCUGAUCUCGGUGGGCGUCAGCAUGUUCUUGCUGUCCAGCACGCCCAGCAAGCACCCGUCCACCGUCACCACCUUCAGCGGGAUCGUCAUCCUCGUCGGCUACAUCGUCUUCGACAGCUUCACCUCCAACUGGCAGGACAACCUGUUCAAGUACAAGAUGUCGUCGGUGCAGAUGAUGUUCGGGGUCAACCUGUUCUCCUGCCUCUUCACCAUCGGCUCUCUGCUGGAGCAGGGCGCCUUCUUCGACUCGCUUGCCUUCAUGACGCGCCACUCCGAAUUCGCCUUUCACGCCGUGCUGCUGUCCGUGUGCUCGGCGUGCGGCCAGCUCUUCAUCUUCUACACCAUCAACCAAUUCGGCGCCGCCGUCUUCACCAUCAUCAUGACCCUACGGCAGGCCAUCGCCAUUCUCCUCUCCUGUUUCCUCUACGGCCACGCCGUCACCAUAGUGGGUGGCUUCGGCGUCGCCGUGGUUUUCUUGGCACUUUUCCUACGGGUGUACGCACGUAGCCGCAUGAAGUCAGGCCGGCGGGCACCGCAGCCGCAGGGACAGAAGGUGUAACGCACCAAACUGGGAACUGAGACCACGUUUUCUGUGGUGCUUUGUUUUGUCUAUUUGUUUGUUUUUUUUGUUUUUUACUGUUCUUUUCCAUUCGUUUCUAUUUUUGUUAGCCAUGGUACAGAAAGGGAUUCUGCAGUUUUGACUCUUACACCAAGAUAUACCCCUAAGGGGUCCAUGUGAUUUGUCAGGUCAGCGGUCACAGAAGUUUUUUGAGUGCCUGUAAGAUUGUCUAAUAACACGAAUCCCGAACCAUAAACUGUGCAAGCAGCCUCCUCACCUCCUUCACAGUUCUUAACGGUAGAACAUUUCUUUUCCUAAAAAAAAACACCGUACGUGACUUGUGCUGCCAACGAAAAAGGUUACUGUGACCCUGAAGAAAGAAUAUUCAAGAAACGCCCCUUAUUCCAAAUAUUUGAACAAGACGACGACGACGACGCUUUCUAUCCGUUAUCCGGGGUAUCUUCCAGUCACGAUAGCCAGACGCUUAUCUCACAGUCCUCCAUGUUGGAGAGCAGGGGCUUUUUACGUGUCUUAAUAUGGGAUUUUAUCAUGUAAAGCUGUAAACAUAGACCGAACACAUGGUCCAUGUAUUAAAGGGUAUAUUAGCAUUAUAGAGAAAGGUGGUUUGGGUAACAAAGAGCGCACUACUUACAAGUUGUUUCAUUUCCAAUCACCGAAGCGGACGCUGAUGCUGGUACUUUUUGCACCGCAUUGUGUUUUUUUUGUUUUGUUUUGUUUGUGUGUGUGGUUAUUUUAUUUCAACACAGAUUUUACUUAAUGUUUUAAAAAUCGGGCUAAACAAAUCUUUGUAAAUAUAUAUCUCUUAUGUCAUUGUUUUAUUUCCAGCCGACUUGUCUGUUGUUGUGUACUUUUGUAAAAAAAAAAAGGAGUUCACUGUUACAUGUGAAUGUUUGGAAGAAUGCUGAAUGAUGAGUGUUCGUUGAUGUCAUAAAGGAUGUGAAAACUCUGUUCGGGCUCAGCUUUGCAGAACAGAAUGCGUACAAGGGAAAUGCAAUGUUACUGGCACCUUGUUUUUAUCAUUCUACUAUUUCCUCUGAUUACUGGAUUAAUAAUAAAACAUAUUAAAUUAACUUAA